AGUGACAAGUGCAAAGGUAUUGUGGAAGAACAAAGCAAUGGCUUCAGUUAAAAGGUGGCUUCCGCUCGAAGCUAAUCCUGACGUCAUGAAUCAGUUCCUUUGGGGGCUUGGACUUCGAGAGGAUGAGGCAGAAUGCUGUGACGUUUAUGGCUUAGAUGAAGAGCUUCUGGAAAUGGUUCCAAAGCCCGUUCUUGCCGUGCUUUUUCUUUAUCCCAUAACCACCCAGAGUGAAGAAGAGAGGUUGCAGCAGGAAAAUGAAAAAAAGGAAUAUAACAGUAGAGUCUAUUUUAUGAAGCAAACUGUGGGUAAUGCUUGUGGGACAAUUGGGCUGCUUCAUGCUCUUGGUAACUUGACUUCUGAAGUCAAGCUCGUUGAGGGGUCGUUCUUUGAUAACUUUUUUAAAUCUACUGCAAGCUUGGAUCCAUUGCAGCGUGCAACAUUUCUUGAGAAUGACAAAGAAAUGGAAGUGGCUCAUUUGGUGGCAGCAACUGCUGGUGAUACAGAGGCAUCAGACAAUGCAACUGCACAUUUCAUAUGCUUUGCUUGUGUGGAUGAUGAACUUUAUGAGCUUGAUGGAAGAAAGUCAGUGCCAAUAUCUCACGGUCCAUCAUCACCAAGUACUUUGUUAAGGGAUGCAGCUAAAGCAAUACAGAGCAUGAUCCAGAAAAAUCCAGACUCCUUCAACUUCAAUGUCAUUGCCUUGUGUAAGAAAUCCGGGUAGAUAUUGAUUUAGGCUUGUUGGGGUCAGUGAGUAUGCUUAGAUUUUACUUUCGUAAGUCAUCUAGGAAGCAGAGCAUUUUCCACUCCAGAUUAAUGCAAAGCGAGUUAUUUCCAUGAUGAACAAUGUGAAUCCAUCGUGUGAAGCGAUAUAGAAUAUUUUUUUUGCCUAUACUUAUAAUAACGUCAAUUAUUGAGCGUAAAAAGGAAAGCCCAAUGCGUUUUCAUGGUAAUAAGGAAGCUAUGGCCUCUCAGGGCACAUGAGGAUUUAAACUUUGCCUUUAGAGGCCAGUAAUGCAAAACGUUUAACCGAAGAA